AUGGCCAUGCGAAGAACCUUGAAUCUUGAUGAUGAUAAUAGGCAGCGUAUAUCAGCCAGACUCUUGUCUCGGGGAUCAGCUACUGCUACUCCUACUCCUAUUGCUGCUGCUACUAAUGCUGCUCCAUCUACUGCUACUUCUCCUACUGCUGCUCCAUCUACUGCUGCUCCUCCUACUACUGCUGCUCCCCAUACUACUGCUGCUACUACUGCUGCUCCUCAUACUACUGCUGCAACUACUGCUGCUCCAUCUACUGCUUCCCAUACUGCUGCUGCUACUACUCCUGGUCCUCCUACUGCUGCUCCUCAUACUGUUGCUGCUACUACUGAGCUUUGA